AGUAACGUUAGUUUAAUUAAUUACUGUUAGCCUGUGUUUAUUACGGCGACACAUUUACUCAAUAAAUGUUCAUAGAAACAUGGUAGAAACAUAUGGGCAAACGCAGUUUAAUCGUAAUCUUGAUAGACAAUAUAGUCUAACUACAAAUCCCAUGAUGUACCUGUUCGUUUCCUUGGAAACGGAUUGUUGUCUCUUCGACAGGUAACGUAAAUGUUAAGGCUACAGGAGUUUCUAAGUGACCUAAGUGAGGAGGUGUGUUGUUAUUACGCCCGUAUGCUUCAUUAGUUUGUUGGUGAGUGGAUCUGUUACAGGUGUGAAUAUGUGUGGAGCUCCAGUAGAUUUAUCUUUUAAACACAUCAGCAGUUUGACAGACGCAUGGAUAGAGGAACCAAGCAGCAGUUUGCGACCUUUAAAGAAAAAUUCGGAGAUGAAGUACCUAAGCCGCUCCUUGCGUCUCAAUAACAACAACAUUACUGACCUUAGUGACCUCCAGAAGCCUGUGAGCCACUUCCUGGCUGAGCCCUCACAGCUCGCCUGGCUGGAUCUCUCCUUUAAUGAAAUCUCACACAUAGAUCAGGUUUUGUGCGAGCUGCGUGAACUGCGCGUGCUGUAUCUUCACGGCAACAGCAUUUACAUUCUGUCAGAGGUGGACAGGCUGGGAGUGCUACCACAUCUACACACCAUCACUCUGCAUGGAAAUGUCAUAGAAACCAACAAGGCCUACAGGAAUCAUGUGAUUUCUGCUCUGCCUCGGUUAAAGACGAUGGACUUCAGUGCUGUGACACGCCAGGAGCGAGUCAUGGCAAAGAUUUGGCAUCACAGCAACAACUGCAACAGGAGCAGCAAGGAGACUAUCCGGUGACGGCUGCUUCAUCUCUGUAGGGGGGGGUUGAAAGCAUGGUUUUACCCAAAUGUUCUGUACUCCACAUCCACUGAAGGAAAACCUCUAAAAUGUUAUAUAAUACAUGUUGUAUAUUUAUCUGUGUAUCUGUGUUGAAACCUGCAUUGUUUUAAUGCUUCUGUUUUAUUUUAAUCUGCUGAAAUGAACAAUUUAUUUGUCUGGAAAAGAAGUUAACAUAAUAGUGAAGCAAACGUCACUGAAUGAUCCUUAGAUAUUGACAUACUGUACGUUGUUUGAAAUUGUGGGUUAUUGUUAGACUGUCUCUAUCGCAUUAAAGAACCAACUUCUUCCCAGA